AUGCACAGGAAUAUCUUCACUAGAUUUGGAAUCCCCAGGGUGCUCAUCAGUGAUGAAGGUUCUCAUUUUGUCAAUAAGGUCAUGGCUACACUACUGGCGAAGUACAAUGUUAAACACAAGGUAUCCACUGCUUAUCAUCCUCAAACAAAUGGACAAGCAAAGGUAUCAAACCGAGAAAUGAAAAGCAUUCUAAAAAAAGUGGUGAACACCAAUAGAAGAGAUUGGUCUUUUAAGUUGGACGAUGCACUUUGGAAAAGAGAGCAUUUUUGGGCAGUCAAGCAGUUGAAUAUGGAUCUAACAACAGCAAGAGAAGUAAAGAAACAUCAACUUCUAGAACUAGAUGAAUUCAGAAGGGAAGCUUAUAAAAAUGCUAAAAUUUACAAGGAAAAGACCAAGGUUUGGCAUGACAGAAAGAUAAAGCAGAGGACAUUUGAGCCAGGGCAAAGAGUUCUACUUUUCAACUCAAGGCUCAAAUUGUUUCUUGGGAAACUGAAAUCAAGAUGGUCAAGCUCGUUCACAGUAAUGCUUGUGUAUCCCCAAGGAGUGAUAAUUGUGAGGGGGGACAAUUCUGAAAGGGAAUUCACGGUAAAUGGUCAAAGAUUGAAGCACUAUUGGGGAGAAGAGAUGCUGAGGCAGAUGGAUACUCACCAACCGAAAACAGCCUGA